AUUUUUGAAUAGUUUAUAAAUAUAUAUUCUCAAUAUGUUGGCACAAUGUGAAUAUUCAAGAAUCAGUUACUGUGAAGUUCUCGGCGCGUUCACAUCAUAUGAAAUACAGUAACCAAAUUAACACCUAAGAAGUAGUAAACCCUCACAUUAAUUUUAUUAGUUAUCUUCUACAAGUAGACAAAACGUCUUUAAAAACAUAACAAAAUGCACAGAGCAAGGUCGGUAGUACAGUGCAGUACAAGUCUGUGCCCCCAUUUACUUGGGGGCACACGCUUUGCAGCAUGGCUUGUUGCAAAGCCACAAUUAGCAUCAGUUGGACCACCACAGGUAUCGAGUAUUCGUCGAUAUAAUGCGCCCCCACCAACAGCUUCAGAACCUUUUCUCAAUGGAAGUUCAACGUCAUAUGUUGAAGAUAUGUACAAUGCGUGGUUGCAGGAUCCAUCAAGUGUACAUGCGUCUUGGGAUUCAUUCUUCAGACAUUCAGGUUCCGGUUAUCAAGCACCACCAAGUUUAGUGCCAACUCGUGAAAAUGAAAUUCCAAUUUCAGCAUUGGUUCCACAAUUGGCUGGUGCUGGUAUUGCAGCUGGUAGUUCUGUAUCAGAAAAAAUUAUUGAUGAUCAUUUAAAUGUGCAAGCUAUCAUCAGAAGUUAUCAACAACGUGGCCACUUGGUGGCAGAAUUGGACCCGUUGGGAAUCAUGUAUGCUGAUCUUCAUGGAUCGUUCAAGGAUCGUAAGGGGCAUCCUCACGAACGUGUUGUUCGACAAUAUAUGUUAGAGGAUUCGGACAUGGAUCGAAUUUUCAAGUUACCCACAACAACAUUCAUCGGCGGUGAUAAAGAAAAAGCUUUACCUUUACGAGAAAUUUUAAGUCGUUUAGAAACAGCAUACUGCCGUCAUAUUGGUGUUGAGUUCAUGUUUAUUAAUUCAUUGGAACAAUGUAACUGGAUUCGUCAAAAAUUGGAAACACCCGGUAUUAUGGAAAUCAGCAACGAUCAAAAGCGUUUAAUUUUGGCUCGAUUAACUAGAGCCACAGGUUUUGAAGGAUUCUUAGCCCGUAAAUGGUCCAGUGAAAAACGUUUCGGUUUAGAAGGUUGUGAAAUUUUAAUUCCUGCUAUGAAACAGGUUAUUGACAAGAGCACGGAAUUGGGUGUGGAGAGUGUUGUUAUGGGUAUGCCACAUCGUGGACGAUUGAAUGUUUUAGCCAAUGUUUGUAGAAAACCUUUACAUCAACUUUUCACUCAAUUUGCUGGUUUGGAAGCUGCUGAUGAUGGUUCUGGUGAUGUCAAAUAUCAUCUUGGCACAUACAUUGAACGUUUAAAUCGUGUGACAAACAAAAAUAUUCGGUUAGCUGUUGUAGCUAAUCCAUCACAUUUGGAAGCUGUUGAUCCAGUUGUACAAGGCAAAACACGUGCUGAACAAUUUUACCGUGGUGAUGGUGAAGGCAAAAAAGUCAUGUCUAUUCUUUUGCACGGUGACGCUGCAUUUUGUGGCCAAGGUGUUGUUUUUGAAACAAUGCACUUGUCAGACUUACCAGACUAUACAACUCAUGGUACAGUCCACAUUGUUGCUAAUAAUCAAAUUGGUUUCACAACUGAUCCACGGCAUUCAAGAUCAUCACCAUACUGUACUGACGUUGCACGUGUUGUAAACGCUCCCAUCUUUCAUGUUAACGGUGACGAUCCCGAAGCUGUUAUGCAUGUGUGCAACAUCGCUGCUGAAUGGCGUGCCACGUUCCAUAAAGAUGUUGUUAUUGAUAUUGUAUCCUAUCGACGUAAUGGACACAACGAAAUUGAUGAACCGAUGUUCACACAACCGCUGAUGUACAGGCGAAUCAAGGAAACCCCACCAGUCUUGGACAAGUACGCUCAGCAACUUAUCAGUGAAGGGGUCGUUACCGAAGAUGAAGUGAAAGAUGUUCGCGAAAAGUAUGAAAAAAUUUGUGAAGAAGCACACGUAAACGCUCGUAAAGAAACACACAUCAAAUACAAGGAUUGGUUGGAUUCACCAUGGUCUGGUUUCUUUGAAGGCAAAGAUCCAAUGAAAGUAUCACCAACCGGUAUAAAUGAAGAAACUUUAGUACAUAUUGGUAAACGAUUCUCUAGCCCACCACCAAAUGCCGCUGAAUUCGUUAUUCAUCGUGGUAUUGAACGUAUUUUGAAAGCACGUAUGGAUAUGGUUAAUGACCGUGUUAUCGAUUGGGCAUUAGGUGAAGCAAUGGCAUUUGGAUCAUUGCUUAAAGAAGGUAUUCACGUACGUUUAUCUGGUCAAGACGUUGAACGUGGUACAUUCAGUCAUCGGCAUCACGUUUUACACCACCAGAACGUAGACAAAGCUACAUACAAACCACUAUGUAAUUUGUACCCAGAUCAAGCACCAUAUACUGUGUGUAACAGCUCACUUAGUGAGUAUGGUGUACUUGGAUUUGAAUUAGGUUACAGUAUGACGAAUCCCAAUGCUCUCGUUAUUUGGGAAGCUCAGUUUGGUGACUUCAACAAUACUGCGCAAUGUAUUAUUGAUCAAUUCAUCAGUAGUGGUCAAGCAAAAUGGGUACGACAAAGUGGUUUAGUUAUGUUACAGCCACAUGGUCUUGAAGGCAUGGGUCCUGAACAUUCAUCAGCACGUCUUGAACGUUUCUUACAAAUGUCUGCCGACGAUCCAGAUUAUUUCCCACCAGAAAGUGAACAAUUUGCAAUUAGACAAUUACAUGAUAUCAAUUGGAUUGUAGCAAAUUGUACAACACCAGCUAAUUUAUUCCAUAUUUUACGCAGACAAAUUGCACUACCGUUCCGUAAACCAUUAAUUAUUAUGACACCAAAGUCGUUAUUACGACAUCCUGAAGCGAAAAGUUCAUUCGAUGAUAUGAUUGAAGGUACCGAAUUUAAAAGAAUUAUUCCAGACGAAUCUGCUGCUAGUCAGAAUCCCUCAUCGGUGAAAAAAUUAAUAUUCUGUUCAGGAAAAGUGUAUUAUGACUUGAAGAAAGCAAGAGAAGAUCGUAAAUUAGAAAAUGAUAUUGCUAUUACACGGGUUGAACAGAUUUCACCUUUCCCUUAUGACCUCAUUAAAAAAGAAUGUAACAAAUAUCCAAAUGCUCAAUUAUGCUGGACCCAAGAAGAACAUAAAAAUCAAGGUGCAUGGACCUAUGUACAACCUCGUUUCAAGACAGCAUUGAAUGGUGCAAAAGAAGUCAGUCACGAUGAUUCGUCAAACGGUGAUAGUUGGCUUUCAAAAUUAUUUGGGCGUAGUAAAUCAUCUCCGCCACCGCCACCACCAGAACCAACGCCAGAAAACGACAUUAUUGAUGAAUCAAAGCAAAAACCUAGAGUUGUUAGUUAUGCUGGCAGACCCACAGGUGCAAGUCCUGCAACUGGUAGUAAAAUGCAACAUCUUAAAGAAUUAGCCAAUUUACUUGAGGAAUCAAUGUCCUGUUAAAAAUAAAUAAAUCUUUAAAGAAAAUAUCCUUCUUUACACAUAAGCGACGGUUCUUAUUUAUUACAAAAAACAUUUAAAAAGUAUCAAAAAAAAAAUAGUAUUUUUAAUUUAUUAUUUAUUUUACACUUGACCCCCUACUCUUGGGCAAGUUAUACUAAAAAAAUUACAUUAAAAUUCCAUUUAGGGUGAUGAUCUAGGAAAAAGAAUUGACUUUAUAGUAUACUUUCCCUCGUCGGAAGGGUUGAUUAUGGUAUAUUCGUAAACCAAUCGUAUCACACACAUACGGUAUUGCUAAUGUGAUAAUUAUUUUUGUUCGUUAAAUAAACUCCAAUAGUAUCGAUAAUUAAUUUAAAUUUGUUUUAAUUCUUAUGGAACAUCAAAAUUUAAAGACAAAUGCUAAACGACGAGUAGUUCUAUAAGAAUGAUAAAAAUAGAAAAUUUCAAAGAAAUAUGUAU